AUGAAUAGUCAUUCGCACCCAGAUUCCCAUUCAACCUGCUCCCGACAGCUUCCAUUUCCAUUCAAUAUAGCAUCUCGAAUCUGGCGGCGACUAUGGCAUGAAGUCCUACUAUCCUGCCAGAAGGUUCCGCCCUCGUCUGGUGCUAGAAUACCUCUGACGCCCUCCCUAACCCAGUCCAAUGAAGAGACACAGGACUCCCCACCGAGCUACCGACCCGUUCCCUACGAUGGUGUCUCAUCCUUAAUGGACGUAGACUACCUUCGGGGUAACAUCAACCGGGAUGGCAUAUCACAGGACGGCCGAUUGGAUUCAUUACGAGUAGUCAAUCCGGACAUACGCACGCCAAGAUCCAGUACAAUCUCUUAUUACGACAUGUUUGAUGAUAUUGAUGAUAGAGUAGGACGACGGAGUUCUCAUGUGCCCUGUCUCCCCGAUUUCUGGUUUACAAGAGCUCCAACACCACCCUUGUCUAUCAGCAUUGGACUGGGCCUCCAACAAGUAGGAGAAUCCAUGAUGUCGAACAGACAGUCGGUGCACACUGAAUCGUGCCUUUCUCCAGCGACCGAGAGUAUGCCGGAGGAAAAAGCAGCCCCGACUAGUCCGAAUGAUCGUCCCUUUCCUGAGAGACCUCAAGGCCUUCCCCCGGGCGGGUUCUCUCGCGCGAUGGGAUUUUUCAUGCCACAACUAUCUCCCAGUUUAUCGGAAGCUGACAUAAUCCAGGAUUGUCGUCUGGAAGAUAAUAGCGAUGUUGAUACGGCUCCAAGCCCACGACCCUGUGUCUCAUCAAUUCACUCAGACCUCGGAUCUUCAUUAAGCUUUGCCAAAUAUCGCAGCCAAUGGCUGCAAAAUUGCCAAUCGUCACUGACAGCUUCUCGGCCAACUGCUCCAGAUCCACCGGAGCCUGAGGUUGUGAUCUCAAGCCACCGGCACCAGCCAUCUGGUGUUUCCGCAUCUGGCAAUCCAGGUGGGGCUCGUAGAGUCUUUAACAAUUAUUCCAACAGCUCCUCAUCUAGUCUGUUAGUCACAUCGCAAUCUUCUCAUUGGCGGUAUCGCGGCCUUUUUGAGAGCAUUCUCAACUUGCCUUAUCUCUCACUGACUCUGGCUGCAGGUACGGCUGCUCAGAAGCGUAGAUUUGGCUAG